GUUGCAGUCCAGCCUGAGCAGAGCAACGACCAAACAGGGCGCAGCAUCUGGUAUUCAGCGGACUACAACUACAGGAAGACGCACUACGAGGCCCGAGCAAGGCAGCUAAAAAGCCUCAACCCAGUGGAGCAGUGUCUGUGGAUGGACAGCGCAGGCACUCAUGGCAUCACAGGAGCUAGUGGAUGCGAGGGACUCUGCCACUGAUAAUCUGAACCCAGAAAUGGAGAGUGGUGCUGUGCCCAGCAGCGCUAAAACUUGUCCUGUCCACACUCCUGGCGGGGAGGAUACAAAGAGGGGCUUUCGGAAAGGCAUAGGGAGGCAUAAUGACUAUGUGAAGAUCUCUGUGCCAGAGUCCAAGGUCAGUCGUCUGCCCAUGGAGUGGUGGAAGACAGUGAUCGCCUUCUUUUAUGCUGGCUUCAACUUGGUCCUGACCACAGUCGUCAUCACUGUAGUCCACGAGAGAGUCCCACCCAAAGAAAGCAGCCCACCUCUUCCUGAUAAGUUUUUUGACUAUAUUGACAGGGUUAAAUGGGCAUUUACAGUGACAGAGAUCAAUGGCAUGGUGCUGCUGGCUAUUUGGAUGAUCCAGUUAUUCUUCUUCAGAUACAAGUCAAUAGCAAGCAGGCGGUUCUUCUUCCUCAUUGGCACCCUGUACUUGUACCGCUGUGUCACUAUGUACAUCACCACCCUGCCUGUACCUGGCAUGCAUAUGACUUGUGCUCCUAAGCUAUACGGAGACUCUCAGGCAAAAAUCCAGCGAAUUCUGCGGCUGAUUUCUGGUGGAGGUCUUUCCAUUACAAACUCCCAUCUCUUGUGCGGAGACUUCCUCUACAGUGGACACACUGUGAUGCUCACCCUCACUUACCUGUUCAUCAAAGAGUACUCGCCGCGGUCGUUUUGGUGGUACCAUCUGAUGUGUUGGCUGCUGAGUGCCGUGGGCGUGGUGUGCAUCUUGGUGGCACAUGAGCACUACAGUGUGGAUGUGGUUGUGGCCUAUUUUAUCACCUCCCGUCUGUUCUGGUGGUACCACACCAUGGCCAAUUUACAGACUCUGAAAUGCUCACCCAACAACUACCUCACCAACACCUGGUGGAAUCCACUGUUUAACUUCCUGGAGAGAAACGUCCAAACCUCUGUGCCAUGCUCAUACAGCUGGCCCAUCACCUGGCCUCCUGCCUGCCUUAAGAACCCCUGCAAGAAAUACUCCAUGGUACAAAGCACACGAGAGGAGUGACAUGACCCUGAUUCCCAGGCAGUGUUGCCUAAUAAUCCACUAAAGUGGCAUUCAUUCCUUCAGUCUUGUCUACUGGACAGGAACAUAAUGGUACCAAAUGCAUAGUUAUGAAAGAAACAAAAAUGUGCCUAUAGGGAUAAUCAUUCUGUCUGUGUGUUCUUUGCCACUGUAAUUUAUUUGUGAGAUGAAGUUUUCAGUGUUUUUGUAAAUGAUUCUCGUAUCAGCUCCUGGUGGAUUUCAAACAUGAACGGACAGUUUGUUGCAACUGAUUUGAAGGUUUGUUGCAGUAUUUGCAAGACUUUGAUUUUAGAUCUACUACCAUUGCUCUUUCAUACUGUAUGUACUGAUGGGGUUUACCUCAAUAUAUUAGUGUGCUCAAGUCACAAGGUGCCUUAGUGUGUUAAAUGUCAGUAGGUGUACCAAAACAUUAUGAUUCUUGGUGUUUGUUUUUGUGUACUUUUUUUUUCUAUGACUAUCAUUAUUAUUAUUAUUUCUAUUCAUUUUAGUAGCCUUGAGUGUGUAUAUCCUAGCUGUAAUCUCAGAAUUGUACUAUUGUAUUAAAAAUAACCCUGCUAAGGCUUCAUUGUAUUUUCUGAUUUAAUGAAAUAAUCAUUAUGCUGUAUACCACAACUACAAGAUUUUAAUGCAUCUCUUCAACAAUGCAGAUUUUCUAUUUGUCACAAGUUACAAGAGAUAUAUGUUUUCUAAAAUAAUUCUUA